UUAUUCGUGAUAAAUAAAUAUUUGCUUCGAUAGUAGAUAAAAUAUAUUUUUUUGUUCUUACCCAACAUAUCAUCGACAAACAAAAAGACUUAUAGAAUUAUUUCUUCAAUCAACGAAACAAAUAUUAAUCAUGUCUGUUAAAAAUUUGAUUAAUACCGGCAAUGCUACAUUGGAUGAAAAAAUCAACGAAUGGUUACAAUGGAAUCAGAAUCCAGUAGCUGAAAAAGAAGUUGAGAGUAUUAUUAAAAAUGUCGACAUCCAAGUAUUGUCUAAUCUUUUUCUUAAAAGAUUAGAAUUUGGUACUGCUGGUCUUCGAGGUCGAAUGGGUCCAGGAUAUAGUCAAAUGAAUGAUUUAGUUAUUAUACAAACGGGUCAAGGAUUAACUAAAUAUUUACUCGACACUAUGCCUAAUUUAUUACAACAAGGUGUUAUAAUAGGAUAUGAUGGUCGACAUAAUAGUAAAAGAUUCGCAGAAUUGACAACUGCAAUUUUUAUAGCUAAUAAUAUUAAAGUUUAUUUAUUUUCUCAAAUUUGUCCAACACCAUUUAUACCUUAUGGAGUAUUACAAUAUAAAUGUGCAGCUGGAAUAAUGAUAACUGCGUCUCAUAAUCCAAAGGAUGAUAAUGGUUAUAAAGUUUAUUGGGAUAAUGGUGCGCAAAUUGUAUCACCUCAUGACAAAGAAAUUCAGAAAUAUAUUUUGAAGAAUUUGGAACCAUCCAAAUCGUCGUGGGAUGUAUCUAAAAUAUAUGAAUGUCAUUUAUACAAAGAUCCGUUGAAUGAUAUUAUGCAAUCUUAUUUUGAAAAAAUGAAAGAAAGUGUUCUAUAUCCUGAAGUUAAUAAGAAUACUAUUUUAAAAUUUACUUAUACUGCUAUGCACGGUGUUGGACACAAUUACAUGACCGCAGCAUUUAAUACUGUAAAACUUAAGCCAUUUAUAGCCGUUGAAGAACAAAAAUUACCAGAUCCAGAAUUUCCAACAGUUAAAUUUCCAAAUCCAGAAGAAGGAAAGAGUGCUCUUGAUUUAAGUAUUAAAACUGCAAAUCAAUAUGCGUCUUCUAUUAUUCUUGCCAAUGAUCCUGAUGCUGAUCGUCUUGCUUGUGCAACAAAAACAAAAAGCGGAGAGUGGCAUAUAUUUACUGGCAAUGAGUUGGGUGCAUUAUUGGCUUGGUGGAUGUUACAUAUACACAAAGUACAAUAUCCGGAUGCCAACAUUGCUAACGUUUAUAUGCUUUCGUCCACAGUUUCAAGCAAAAUCUUAGCUUCAAUGGCUAAAAAAGAAGGUUUCAACUUCGAGGAAACUUUAACAGGAUUUAAAUGGAUGGGUAAUAGAACCAUAGACUUGAUAAAAAAUGGUAAAGAUGUUUUAUUUGCAUUCGAAGAAGCUAUUGGUUUUAUGUGUGGUUCUGUUGUACCGGAUAAAGAUGGUAUUAGUGCUGGUGCAUACGUAGCUCAAAUGGCAACUUAUUUAGAAACCAUAGGCCUUUCUCUCUAUGAUAAAUUGGAAGAAAUAUAUAACACAUAUGGACGGCAUAUCUCAGAAAAUUCUUAUUGGAUUUGCCAUGAUUCAGAUACAAUUAAAGCAAUAUUUGAACGUUUGAGAAAUUAUAAUGGAAAUAAAAAUAUGUAUCCAACGAAUAUUCUCGAUGGAAAAUACUUAAUAGUCGGUGUUCGUGAUUUAACUACGGGUUAUGAUAAUACUAAACCGGGAAAUAAAGCUAUUUUACCUACCUCCAAAUCCAGUCAAAUGAUUACAUUUACAUUCGACAAUGGUUUAGUUACUACCUUAAGAACUAGCGGUACAGAGCCAAAAAUUAAAUAUUACUGCGAAUUAUGUGCAUCUCGGGAAGAACAAGAUGUAAACAAAUUGAAAUACAUACUUAACGAGAUGGUUUCUGCUAUCGUAGCAGAGUUCCUUCAACCUGAAUUUAAUGCUCUUAUACCACGUGGUACGUAGAUCAAAGUAAAAAUUAUCAUGACAAUAUAAAUUACAUGAUAAUAAUAAGAAAAACAAAAUGAAAACAACGUUUUGGAUACCUAAAAAGAAAUUAGACUACAAUUUAUCAUUAUUAUUUUAUAAGCAUGAAGUUCUUGCAAAGGUAAAAAUAUAGUUUUUAAAAAUUUUGUUAAGUAAUUUUAAAGUACAAGUGUAAUAUUAUAAUUCAUUGAUAAUCUUUUUAAUUUAAAAUAAGGCUUUUAUAAAAAAAAAUUCUUCUAAAGAAAUAAUGUAUCUAUAAACUCUUACAAAUUUUAUAAUUUUUUUUUACAAAAUAUGAGAAUAGUAUAAACUUAAUUAUAGAAUGGAGCUGUAUUUCUGACCAAAGUUCAAUAAUAAAUGUAAUAAAAGUUGUACCUUUAAGGGCGAAUUGUUA